ACCAUACUAGGCUUCUCACCUCUCACUUGAAGAAUCUGAUUUGUUUGAGAGUUGCUGUGACAGAUUCAGCCAUAAUCAAAAUGGGUUUUCACUUCCUUGCAAUGGUUGUGGUUUCGUCUUUGGUUUCCUCAAUUGCAUCUGCCUCAGACCCAAGUCCCCUGCAGGACUUCUGUGUUGCUUUUAAUGACACCAAGGAUGCUGUUUUUGUGAAUGGGAAGUUCUGCAAGAAUCCAAAGUUGGCUGUGGCCAAUGAUUUUUCCUUCUCUGGGCUCCUGGUCCCUAGAAACACAUCAAAUGCAGUUGGGUCUACUGUCACUAUGGUAAAUGCGGAUAACUUACCAGGACUUAACACUCUUGGUGUCUCCGUAGCUCGCAUUGAAUUUGCUCCCAAUGGUGGGGUGAACCCACCCCACUUUCACCCUCGUGCCACUGAGCUCCUCCAAGUCUUGGAGGGCACCCUUCUUGUUGGAUUUGUCACCUCCAACCCCGACAAUCGUCUGUUCUCCAAAGUCUUACACAAGGGUGAUGCUUUUGUGUUCCCAAUGGGCACCAUUCACUUCCAGCUCAAUUUAGCAAAGACCAGUGCUGUUGCCUUGGCUACUUUUGGCAGCCAGAAUGCAGGGCUCGUUACCAUAGCAGAUGCAGUUUUUGGGUCAAACCCGCGCAUAUAUCCUUUUUUUCUUGCAAGGGCCUUCCAACUGGAGAAGAAGGUGGUUGAGUAUCUUCAAGCACGGUUCUAAUAUAACAUGAAAGAGCUUCAGAAGUUAUGAACACCAUUUACAAAGAACUCUGAAAUUUUUUUUUACCAGGCCUAGAUUUGGCAUCUCUCAUACUAUGCUGGUUUUGUUAUGUAUGUUUUUUUCUUUAUUGUUAUAUCACAGAACUAUAAAAUAAUGAAGUUUGUUAUCAA